AACGCUCGGAGCGGCGGCGAUGGCCCCGGAGCGCGGUGACCGCUCGCUCCCCGCCGGUACCGAGGGUCUUCCCCGGGUUUUCCUGCAGAGCCUGCGGACUCUUUUCGAUAUCCUGGAUGACCGGCGGCGGGGCUACGUGCACCUACGGGAGAUCGAGUCGCGCUGGCGGGGAGCGGAAGCCCAGGAGCUGCCCGCCGGGGUGAUGGAGGGGUUGCGGCAGGCGGCGCCGGCCAGUGGGUACCUCACCUUCGAGAGGUUCGUACUGGGGCUGCGGGCGGCCCUGCCUGGGACUGAGCCGCCAGUGGAGGGUGGCGGCGGCGGACGGCGGAGCGCGGAGCAGCCGCCAAGCCCUCGCUGUUCCGAGGAGCGGCGGGGGAAGAGCGCCGGACAGCGGGAACCGGGGCACGGCCAGCCCCGAGGCCGCGGUGGUGAUGCUAAGUCUGCUGGGCAGCCCCAGGGAGACAGUGACCACGCAGGGGCUAGGGACACUCGGAGGCAUCAGAGAGGCCGUGCAGAACACCGGAGACACACCAUCACCAAUGGCGUGGACUUCAGCAUGCUGAAGUACAUGAAGGAGCUGGAACAGGAGAAGGAUUUCCUGUUGCAGGGCCUGGAGCUUAUAGACCGGGCUCGAGAGUGGUACCACCAGCACAUCCAGCUCAUGCAGGAGCACCAGCGGUUCCUGGGGAAGAGGAGAACCAGUGCUGAUUUCCCUGAAGGUGGCCAGAGCCACCUGGGGCACCUGGUCCCUAAGCUGCAGGAGGUGAACCGUUGCCUGGGUGACCUUCUUUCCACUGCCAGCAAGGCAGCAAACCCCUCCUCAGCACUGAGCAGGCUGGUCCCUGUGACAUCCCCAGCCUCCACAGGCUCCCAGCAAGCCAUCAACAUACUGAAGGAGCAGAAUCGGCUUCUCACCAAGGAGGUCACUGACAAGAGCGAGCGCAUCACUCAGUUGGAGCAGGAGAAAUCUGCCCUCAUCAAGCAGCUCUUUGAGGCUCGUGCCCACAACAACCAUGAGAUGAGCCAGCUGGACUCCACCUUCAUCUAGCACAUGCCUCCCUUGCCCCAUCCCCAAACUUAUCUGCGGGUUUCAAGGGACUCUUGCCCUAAACUCAUCACACCUGCUGCUCCAGGUGUUGUGUCUCAAGGUCUGGGGCUGCUGGUGGCAUCUCUGUGUGAGGGAGCCGGGACCCCUCUUGGGGAGCAUCCCUGCCCUGCUGAUGGCUUAUCAGCCAUGCUGCUCUCAAGCUGCUCCUUUCCUGUCUCUAAGUGGGCUGCAGGGAUGCUGUCCCCAGUCCUGUGACCCCCAGCAGGCAGGAGACAUGGCUGCUGUCUGUGCUGCCUGUGUGGGAUGAGCUGUUGUUCCCUUGCUGACUUAGGCUCGAUUUUGGAUGCUCUUGGGAGAAAGUGAUGUAUCUUCAACACUCUAGCAGCAUCUCCAGAGAAGCCUGGCCCUCAGAGGGUGCUGGCUCCUGCUUGUCUUUCUGUUGGAAGACGAGAUUGGAAAUCCAAGGAGGCAUGCCUGCCCAUAUUCUGCCUGCCAGAGGCACUGUCUUGGCCCUGUAGUGCCCAAACUGGUGGUCCUCAUGGCAACCACUCUGUCAUGUUUGUGGUAAGGAUACCAUAGUUGCUGUUUACAUGGCUGUAGGCUCCUAUAGGAAAUGAGCCAUAGACCCAACCAAGAUAGCCUACAUCACUGAGCUGCUGUUUUGGGCUGUUGACAAGUUGAGGCAGACCCCUCAGUCUUUACUUUGCUUGACCUGGCAAAUACUUCCUGAUGACUGCCAGGAUUAGAUUAUUUUCAUGAUGACUGUGAAAGGAGAAGUGAUAUUCAUAGCCUGAGGAUGCUCACAUCAGCCUGACCUCACAGAGGGUCUUUAGAACUUGGUUUUGUAUUUAACUGAGUGUGGAACAGAGCAGAGGCUGACAGGCUCUUCCCUGUGCACAUCUCCACAGGGAGAAAUGGCAGCUCUGCCUCACAUGGUUGUGGGGGAUGACAUCCUGACUGUGAGCUGCACUCCUCUACAGGUGUCUCGAGGGGUGGUGGUUGUUCAAGAUGGGUCCUAUUAGAUGGCACCUCCUGCUUUCCACCCAGCUCGGUGAUGAUGCUUGAGCUGAAUGGCAUCUGACUGCCUUGGUACUUGGUAUCCAUGGUACUUUCACUGAAGAUCCCAUUUAGCACAGCCUGGCCCUCUGUAUCCCCAAGGCCAGGACCUUUCUCUCUGGUGUUGUUUCAUGGUCUGACUCUCCAGGCAUGAUUCUGUGGCACUGAGCUGGGCUGGGCAGUGCUGGUUCUGCCCUGAGCUGACACAUGCAGGCCAAUUCUGUUCUCACUUCUGUUCUUAUCUGUCAGGACUCUGUCCCAUCCAGCUGUUCUCCUUGAGACUGAUCCUGAGUUAAAGCUUAUUGCAAGGCAUGAAUCUCUGCUCUGCCCUGUGCCUGCAGCUGGAGUGGGGAUCAGCAGAGUACCAGGGAGAUGGUGGAGGAGGAGCAGCAAGGCCAUGGCUAGUCACAUCCCCUGUCUGCAGGAGUUGGUUGUUAGUUGUCCCCUAAUGGAUGUUGCCUGCCAUCCUUUUUGUGAUGCCUCCUCUAGUGUCCACUGCCUGUUUUGCCUGAGGUUAAUUAGAACUGACCCUUUUUAUGAGGGUUACCUGGCUUUAGGGAUAAUAAAGUGGGGUGACUUAUUUAAUUUGU